AUGCCGUCCUCCGGGGGUUUCAAGCAGGUAGGUGCCUAUGCCUACCGCCCAACUGUCGAUAAAAUUGGACAGGGAUCGUUCGCCACAGUAUAUAAAGCCAAGCGACAAAAGGAUGACGAGAUCUUUGCUAUCAAGCGCAUUAACACCACCAUGCUCAAGCCAAGAUUGCUGGACAAUCUUGAACUGGAGAUACAGAUUAUGACCCGCAUGUCUCACCCCAAUAUUGUCGGGUUGUACGACGAAAUGGAGUCUUCUGAACAUAUGUACCUCGUCAUGGAGUUCUGCGAAGGCGGCGAUCUGUCCCACUACAUCCAGAAGCGGAACAAGACCGACAAAGGCGACAUACAGCCGCCUAUGGGGCUGGACAUGGUAAGAGCGGUGGCCCAGCAGAUAGGCAGUGCGGUGAUCCACCUGAGCAAGCACAACAUCAUUCACAGGGACAUCAAGCCACAGAAUGUGCUGAUACAGAUACAGAAGGACGGGUCGAUGUGCUUCAAGGUGGCUGAUUUCGGGUUUGCGCGGUAUCUGGAAUCAGAGCUGGCUGCCACACUGUGUGGUUCGCCGCUCUACAUGGCCCCCGAAAUCCUCGCUUCACAGCCAUACGGCUGGAAGGCUGAUCUGUGGAGCAUAGGGACAGUUCUGUACGAAUGCUUGACCGGGAGGCCCCCGUUCACCGCCACGAAUCACAUAGAGCUCGCGAAUGUGAUCAGGGACACCUGGGAUAAGCUAACGUUCCCCGACGGUAUCGAUGAAGAUCUGCGCGAUUUGCUGCACCGUCUGCUGCAGCGUGAUCCCGCAUUGCGCAUGACGGCUACUGAGUUCUACGCCCAUCCCUUUAUGAAACUGGAGCAAUAUGAAGCCCAGGAGUCGGUGGUUAUCGGCGAUGUCAAUGAGGCCGACCGAUUGGCCGCAUCAGGCAUCGAAGACUUCAAUGCUGGCACAGCAGACACGGUACCCGCCACGACCUUACAGGCACCUCUAUCAACCCCCCAGAGCCCAUCCACGCCCGCACCAAUAGCACCACAGGCCAUGUCCGAUAGUGUCACCAUCACCACACCCGACGCCCAGGCCACUCCAGCCAGCGAUAUACCACCCCACCCCUCUGUGCCCUCUGUCGCACCUCUGACAGCGCUCGAGAGGGAUACGCCCCAACACCACUCAAGCGGGGUAGCAGGUACCGAUACGGUAGGUGGCGAUAGUGUAGGUACCGAUACUGUGGAGGGUGACGGUGCAGUGCGCACGAGUACUACCGAGAAUCCGGUUGCCAUGGAGCGUGCGACCACUCGGGGCCCUGGCGCUGAUGAGUCAGCGUCAAACCAAGCGACGGACAGCGGUACGCGCGAACGGUUGCGCGAGAAGAGGUUCACGCGACAGGUGUCGUUUGAUGGACAGGUCACCCACAUCACCGAUCGAGAAACGGUGUCCAUGCAGCCCCACCCACAUCCCCACCCACACCACGUGAGUGGCCCGGAUGUGCCUGGGCUCAGAGUGCGCUUGGCAUCGCCGCAGCCGCCAGCCGGCUCGCCAGAAGGAUCCGAAUUAAGACCAAACACCACCGAAUUAGGGUCAAAUACGACCGAAUUGGGGCCAAACAGGACUGGUUUGGGGCCAAAUGUGGCCGCGCCGCCAUCAGGAGGUGUCGCAGAUGGACGGGGCACCGACACACGUGGCAGCGAAGCAGACGAUACGCUCACCCCUGCGGCAGAAGAGAGGCACCGGAAUGACGGCGAGCGGUACGGCAGUGAGCAGGACUGGUACAACGGCCAAGGGGGGCCUUCUGAGGGGUCCAGUGGCAGUGCACGGGACAGACAUACGGGCGUCAAUGCACCUGCCAGGCGGAAGAGCUGUGGCGACGGGGCAGGGGUGCGGCAUCUGCUCACGCGUACGCAGCGAGAUGGCCUGGGCAAUACCACAUCGCCUGCCACACACCCACACCCACACCCCACGCUGCACCCACACCGCGACGGGGGGAGCCGGACGUCACACAGAAGGUCGCUGGAGGAUGUGCGGGAACACAAACACGGGCAUACAGACACACUCGCACCUGCACACGCACCAUACCAUGGAGAACGACAACGCAGGUCAAGCAACGACGCGUGUCUGAUGGAGCGCCGAGGCUCGGGCGAGCACGAGGGCCGCCGCAGGGAGCGGAGUGCGUUAACCGGGAAAGGGCCUUCGAGUGGGAGUAUACCGAUCCAGGGGGUGCGGGACUAUACACCCGAGCAUGAGCACCGACACGCAGACGCAUACACACGGUACCACGACACGGCACAUGACAGACCACACAGUAGCAGCGGCAGGGAGACGAGUGCGAAUGCGGACAUGCGAGUGUACAGCGAAGGCAGGUAUGCAUCGCACCACACACAGCGCACGGACCAGUCCACACCACACCCGCGGGGGCAGGCGCAGGGCACAGAGGACAAGGACAUGUACGGGCGUGCAACACGCGGGGACGACAGGAGGCGCUCGUCCAAUGAGAGCGAAGAGAGUAGGCGAUUGUCCAAUGAGAACGAAGAGAGAAGACGAUUGUCCAAUGAGAGCGAAGCGAGGAGGCGAUUGUCCAAUGAGAACGAAGACAGGAGGCGCUCGUCCAAUGAGAGCGAAGAGAGAAGGCGAUCUUCGAAUGUGAACAUGUCUGGCGGUGGUGGUGGAGGGGAGAUGGUACAUUUCGGGUCGUCUGGAGGGCACGAUAAUUACAGACAGGGUGACAUCGGUAGCUUCAAAAGCCCCAUCCCUCGCUGGGCAGCAGAGCUUGGGUUGACAGUGCGGCAGAGUCCGUCGUCACAGUUCAAAGGGGCAACCCCUACACAGCCGCGUCUCAAUCCGUUUGUCUCCAUACCCAACACCGGGAGGCUUGGGCUCGGGAACACGGGCCUCCCGCAGGGCAUGCAUGCACUCGCACUCAACGACGGGAACGGCAUCGAUUCACCCUCAGGCGACUAUGACAAGCAAGCGUACGAUGUAGCCCACUUGGGCACCAGUGGGCCAGGCAUGCUGAGUGGCGUGCACGACAGCGGCAGCAGCAACAGCAGCUCACGAGACGAGACCGCCUCCUACGUGAUUGUCGACAAGGACAACGUGGUCAUGAAUGCCUUCGCUGAUGAGGUGGAUGGACGGUACGAACGCAGUAUCAGGCAAACCUACGGCACAAGCCUACCGGCGCAAACAAACCUGUACCUCAACGACGCACGUAUGGGACAACGGGGCAGCACCGGCAGCACCGAGAGCAUCUACACACACCAACACCAACCCCAACCCCAACUGCAACACGACGACCUCAGAUCACCCGCAUACGCUACCUGCCAGGAGACGCCGCCCAAGCGACCCACGCCCACCACGCACACACAGCAGCACACCGCUGCACUCGGCGUACACACCCAGCCAGCCCAGCAACACCGACCGCAUAGCAGUAUGGGCCGAACAGAUCGCAGCCACCACCGAGUGAGCGAGAAAGGCAGAGACGGCCGUGAUGUGGGCAGACGCAGUAGUGGGGAGCACCCACACGCGGAGACGCUCACGUCAACGCCGUACAACACGCUGCAGGACGCUAGCACGCACACGCACGCGUACGCACCGGCGCAUGGGGGUAAAGGAGUGGGGGGGUCUGGAAAUGGGUCUGGAAAUGGGUCUGAAGCGGCGCCGCACGUGUAUAAGGAGCCGCCCAGACGGUCUACUAUGCCUGCGGCGAUCACGAAUGUGUUUAAUGCGGCCAAAGGGUAUACCAUGAACUUGUAUGGCGGCUCAGGGGCUGGUAGUGGUGCGGGUGGCGGUCGGAGUGUGGCAAGUAUUAGUGAAGACAGUCCGCUUGACAGUGGGAUACUGACCGAGAUACAAGUCAUCCAGGACAUUGACGACUACACGCGCCGGGGUGAUGUGAUUGUGUGGCUGGGUGGCAAGUACAUCAACAAGGGCCGCCAGAGUCUGGGGGACAGCGGCACCGCCCCCGGUGAAGCGGGCAGGGUCGCCCGACUGUCACAGUCAACUGCGGCCCGAGACCGUCACGGACAUUUGUGUGCGCUCUCACUGUUUGUUCGGGGUCUGAAGCAGUACAGAUUAGCGUUGGACGUCGCUACGCAGAAAAUCGAACAGGCACGCACGGUCACUGUGGCAAUCAACCAAGCGGUGCAGCAGUUGAGGGACAGAUACAACAGCUGCCUCGCCAAGGCGGAGAAGACACGCGCCAAGCUCAUUGACUUGGGCCAGAUGAUGGGCAUCGGCAGCGAUCGCAUGGACACCCCCAAUGCCGACAAGCUGAUAUUCGACUACACGUUGAACAAAUUGUGCAAGGACGCCGCAGCCAAUGAGCUGCUGAACGACGGCGAGAACGCCAACCGCAUGUACAAGUGCGCCGUGUGGCUGCUGCUAGCUGUCCUGACCAACAUCCCCCCAGACGACGCCGAUGGGCGGACGAUUGUCAACUUGAUACAAUCGGUACAGGUGAGGCAGGAGGUGUUGAAGAACAAGAAGAAGCGGUGA